AUGGAAGAAAUCGAAACUAAGGGUGUAGCCUAUUUGUGUUUCAAUGAUGAGGGAACGAGAUUCUAUGGCAGCCUGAUCAACCCGGAAUCCAAAAAUCAAUAUGGCCUGUGUGGCAAGUGUGUGGAUAAAGCCACUGGGAAUACAGAUAUUCACGAAUGCUGUAUUGGAGACCAUACUAAAGUGAUGACUAUAACAGUAAUUGAUUAUAACCAAAAUAAUAAUGAACAUCUGUUUGUAGAUGUAAUGAAGACCGGGGGAGAUAAUUGCUCAUUAGUUUCUACUAAUUUAUCCUUCAUUACUGACGAGCUUCUGGUAGAUGCCAAGGCCGAAGAAGUUAUUAGUAAAUAUUUUCCAGAAACUUUGAAGAAUCAAAACUGCUACGUGUGUGUUGGUGAUAUGACUCUCUCAAUUCAGAAGCAAAUCACAAAAGAAAAACAAACUGUACAAAAAUCGUGUUGCCAUUAA